CCUUUGGUGUUGCGCGUGUAGGUUGUGCUCCUAUAUCAUAAAAAAUACUAUUAGAAUUCGUAGCGUUUGUAUUAAAGCUUUUCGUGACGUGGCAGUCGCGGGCAAGGUCGAAGGUCGUGAUAUAGCAGGCUACCUUUAAAUAUAAACGCAGUAGGUAUAGGACCGCUCAAUGUUAUGGCGUGCCAUAGGGCGCCUGGUACGGCGUGCACCAGUGGGAUGCUUACACACUUGAAUCACUGCCCGAAGGUAAACUUCGCUGACUAAAACAUAGAUUUAGGGGGACUUUAUAUUGUAUUUCACCAGAGCUGGGCACCGUUAAUCCGUUAAGGCGUAACAAAAAUUGCGUUUUUGUAUUAUUGCGAUACUUGCGAUAGUGAUUUACUUCCGUUUAGUUCCGUUACAACAACCCAUCAUGUGAACCCCAUGACGUUAGGUCUAAUAAUCUCCCCCCUAACCCUACAUUGAAGUGGACCUGAACGACACUCUCUUCGCUGGGCUUUUUUUUUAUAAACUGUUAACUUCCAGAACCCAAACUAACAAUUCAUAUAAGUUAGAGGACUAUCGCAAGUAUGGCAACAAUUAAAAAAAAAGGCAAUUUUACUUAUGCGUUAAAGGAUUAACGGUGAGAGAAUAGAAUCAUUUAUUGCAUGUCACAAACCAGUUAUAAAGGUGUCACAUAUUAUUUGGUUAGUAUAAUGUAAUGCCCUAUAACGUUUACUGCUGAGGUGAGAGAAAUUGUAUACAAAUGCCACAAGACUCCAAACGUUAUUUUGCACCUAGUGCCUUUAGUCCCUCGCUACGCUCCAGAUUCUAAAUAUUAUUAUAGGAUCUUUCGUGUGCUCAGGACCCAAAGUAUAACUCGAUCAUAGCAAAAACCAACUAUGUUGUCGCUUGUUGCACCAAUAUAGAUAUAUACCUAAGCAAAUAAGUCUGUCGUAACCGCGUGCAAUUUUGGAGAUUAUGAGUAGACCUCAUUCCAGGCUCUCCAGCCUUAUUAAUUGCCGGAAAAUUCACACAUACGAAAAGUGUUAAUUUUUCAUAGCAAAAACAACUGAAAUUGGUAAUGUCUGUACGAUGUUCGCCAAUAGGUGGCGAACAUCUUCGUAAGCCGAACCUUCGCGAAGGUCGGAUGGCAUUGCUUUGUUUACAUCGAUACCAUGCGAGCAGUCGCUGCCGAGGACCACGGGACGAAACACCUGACCUUAUGGGGAAAUCUAAAAAAAAGAUUAAAGCGGAUCAGAUAAACGUUUUGAGGAAGCAGUAUGACGCUUUUUUGGAGGAGGAUAAAAAACGCAAAGAGCGCAAUGAACACAUCCUGGACAAGCUCGACAACAUGCGUCUGUCUAACACCGUGGCACGGUACAAGUCCAAUGUCUAUCUAGACCAGAGAGUAACUUUUAACUGCAUUGGGGAAGCGCCGAUUAACACAUAUCCUCAUCCACAAACAAAUCAGCCAGCUAUGGUAAAUCCUCUGAGGAAGAUUAGAGAAACAGCGACACCUAUAGAUUUAGGUGUUCUUACCAAGCCCAUGGACGAGACAUGCAUCCUCAACGAAAUUAGCAAAAAAUAUAUACUGAUUCCUAAGUUAAGCUCCGUUACUGGCGAAAAUUACAUUCCUAGAGCAAUUAAACAGGAUAACAAUAACGAUGGAGAUUGGAAAAGUAAAUAUAGCAUUUUAGAUAAACUCAAACAGAAUGAAAAAGAGGAGACGACUAGCUUUUCUGUUUUAAAAGGCAACGGUAAAAGUUUCUUAGAUGACAUCCCAACCAAAGAGCAUAAAUAUAGGUUUGAUGAUGAAGAAAAUUCCCCAAAAGAUGAAAUCGCAGAAAAGGAUAUGGCUGCUAAAUAUACUACAGACCCUCUGGCUUGUCAAGAUGAGAACGGAACGAUAACUAAAAUUACUAACGAUACUAAGAAGGAAAAGACCAUGAGACAGUCUGAGGUAGCUCCGAAUUUAGACACUCAUUCCACUGCAUUAAAAACUGACACAGAUAGUGGAGGACAAUUACAGCAGUCAAACAUAGGUACAGCAGAUUUUGGGGUACCGACUCCGCAAUACACUUAUCCAAUACAAGAAGUUAGUGAAGUUCAGUUAGCUUCGCAUGAAACCGGGGGUCGAAAUAUUGAUCCAAUAUACAACGAUAAACAUGAAAAUGAAGAUAACGAAAAACUGUCUCCCGUUGUAAACGAUAUCAGACAUGUAGAAGAAAUUGAUCCUAUUAAACCUGAAGCACAAAAAACAAAAAGUGAUCAUUCGAACACAGAUGAUUCUGAAAAACUGCAAUAUCCAAUUGACAUUAUAAAUGUUCAGGACUUUACGCCAGCAGAAGGCAUAAAAUUGGUAGAUGGAGUGAAUAUUAAUCCAGAUGGUCACGCCGUACAGCAGACAUAUUUGGCACCUAGUGACCAGAACGCAGCUCUAGCAGCGGAACAUGCAUAUCAGCCAAAGGUCGACCAACCACAAGGCGAUGUUCAGUACGGGUUCCAACCAACAGGCUCUUCUGAGGAAGUAUAUCUACCUGGAGCUACUCAGCCACCUGGUGGAGACCAUUAUGUUUCUGACCCAACAGCAUCUGGUGAGCAAGCAUAUCUACCAGGGGAUCAGCAGCCGCUAAGUGGUGAUCAGCAUGUCUCUGAACCAGUUGCACUUGCCACAGAACAGCAAGAGCAUAUUACAGAGAAUACAGAACAGCACCAACAAGGUGCUUACGAUCAAACUGGGGAGUAUAAAUCAGAAAUCCAAGCAUUUGAAGAUGAGCAGAACCAAAUGUUUUAUUCAGAACAGGCAAAUUACCAAGAUUACAAUCAAGAUCCAAAUGCUGUGGGUGAUGGUUACAGUGCUGAGACAAAUUACGAUCCCUCACUCUUGUAUGGAGGUGUACAGCAAGAGGCAGCAUAUCCUGCGGAAAUAAACGAACAUGAAGAAACUUCACAACGGUAUGAUCCUAGUUACGAGGAGCAGUAUGCGUCUAAGGAUGCAGAGCAACUGUAUGCUGAACAACAAUAUAGCGAUCAGCAAUACACUGAACCACAAUAUAGCGAUCAGCAAUAUACUGAACAAGGACAAUAUAGUGAACAACCUUAUGCUGAACAACAAUAUGGUGAACAUCAGCAAUAUGAUGGACAACAAUAUGGUGAUCAACAACAAUAUGCUGAACAGCAACAGUAUACUGAUCAACCACAAGGCGAACCUGUGAUAGCAACACUUCAAGAAUAUGAUCAAGCAUACACAUUACAAGAACAGACCAUGGAGCACAUUGAACAACAACUCGAUAAUGAGGAACUUAAUGUUCCAAGUCAAGAUGCUGUGGGUGAUAUUGUGGACGAAUCCAUUAUGUACGCUCAGAAUGAGGGGGAAGUGCCUGCUCCUGAACAAUAUGUUGUAAACCAGAACCCAGAACCGAUCUCUCCUAAACUAUAAAAUAUUAGGAUUUGCACAAUAUUUCAAGAGAUAUGUUAAUUAAUUAGAAUAUAUACUUCUCUUUUUAAAAUUACCUGUAUUAAAAAACGAGCUGAUUAAAUAGAAUUUUUCCUGUCAAAAAAUAAAGUUUAUACCUAUGUUCGAAAUAAGAAAAUCGAUUUUGUUUUUAUCUGCCUUUGUAUCGCUCAAAUAUGCAAGAGGGGCACAGAUAAGGAAAUUUCGGUUUUCCUUUUUCACAGUAGGCCCACUGUUCUGUUGCACAUAUUAGUCAGCAGAUUUAUUGUGUUAAAUUCUGUGUCAUCAAUUUUAUUAUCAUAAAUAAAUAAAUACAUUACUGUUCUA